AUGCCUCCCUCGAAACCCCCUUCUCACACCUCUUCGGUUCGAAGACUUUGUCCCCGCCGUCCUCGCCCAUCCGUCGCGUCAAUAGCAGAUAUUUUUGUCGGCUCGCUGGUUCUGGCAAGCUUCUGCCACGAACACUCGCCAAAUCGUCGGGGGUUUUCGACUGUAGCCUGGGGUGCCUCAGAUCAUAAUCUUCAAAAAUUUCAGAGCAAAGGCACCACUAGUCGCAGGCAGCUACCACCCCAGCGACCACCAGAGUAUUCAAGCUCAAGGUUUUAUCUGUCGCAAUCGAAGAGAUUUAUCAGUAACGGAUUGGCACGUACGAAUGAUGAAAAUAAAGAGGAGUAUGAUAUUGAGACCGAGUCCCAGGAGGAGAUGGAGACAGACAACGACUAUAUUCCAUUGUGGCCAGCAACGAAUGGGGACGCUGAAUCACAAACCCACCGUGAAAGAUUUGAUUUCACAUACGAUUUCGACCGCAGAAUAGAGAUUAAAGAACGCACUAAAACCGACAUCGAUCUCAAAUUGCCAGACAGGUACCCCCGCCAAUCCUUCCCGUCAUGGCUGCAUCCCGAAAAGGAGAAACACCUAUCUACCUCAAAACUGUACGAAAGGUCAUUGAGAGAUUAUAACUGGGAAGAAGCAGUGAAUGCUGUUGUGCCAUACUCACGUUACACAAAGACUUACAAAGACGAGUCGCACGAUCAAAUGGAAAUCCACUCUGUUGAGAAGCUUGUCAGAACAUUGUGGGAAGAGCCAAACCCGUCCACUCAAUACCUGUUCCGAUUAUACAGAGAUAUUCCUGCCCCGGGGGUAGCUUUGCUUUCGAAACGCACACGCGGUGCUCUUUUGCGUUUGUUCGCACAUCCUCGAGAUCGACGAUGGGUAGAUGCCCGUCGCUACCUUGCAUUGGUAGAUGACAUGGUAACUGCUCGCCUGCCUCUAUCUCGGUCGCUUUGGUCUUCUGCGAUACAUCUUUCCGGCCGAGCCAAUGGCAGGGUAUUGAAACGGGAUCUUAUCCGAGCUGUGGGCAUGUGGCAGAAGAUGGAGCAUAUCGCUGGAGUGAAGGCUGACGAGGUGGUAUUCAAUAUUCUAUUUGACAUCGCAAUCAAAGCUGGCGCAUUCAAAGUUGCCGAUCGCCUGGAGGAGGAAAUGACUGAACGGGGCCUGAGCUUUUCGCGCUGUGGAAAGACUUCUAAGAUCUAUUAUUUUGGAAUGAUGCGCGAUGUUGAAGGUAUUCGAGAGACUUUUGACGACUUUGUGAAGUCAGGCGAGAUCGUCGACACAGUUGUCAUGAACUGUCUCAUUGCCUCUUUCCUCCGGGCAGGCGACACCCAAACUGCCGAGCAGCUCUACGCACGCAUGCUGGAGAAACAAUCAUGCAACAACAAACGCCUUUUGCAUUCGGACGAUGGAUCCCACGAUGGCGGGUCAAAUCUGAGCUAUGACAUGCCCCAAUAUCGGGAAAGAUCCCGGAAGUUGGGCCGCGUAUUGAAGAAGUCAUCAGCACUCAAGGAGAAGUUUCCGGAAUACCACCGUGCUCUCCAGGAUUCUCUCUCCAUCGCACCCGAUACGCGAACUUUUUACAUCUUCCUACGACACUACGCCUACAACACUGGCCAGCUCGAUAGCUUCAUGGCUGUCAUGCGUGACAUGGAGAAGACCUUUGUCGUCCCACCACGUGCUAUAAUCUAUCUGUUCCUCUUUGAAGGGUUCGCUCUUCAUGGUCGGAGGAAAAAACAAUGGAGCGCGGAAAACCUUCGGCUGACAUGGCAUGCAUACAUCCGGGCUUUGCGCGACUCGAAUGCAAGACUCCGGGGGUUGAAUCUGAACAACCGAAAGAUGAAGUGGGAGAAUCCACUGGCUAAGAGCGUGACACUCGACGUCGAGGAGCCACCGGUUACCGACUCUCCCAACGGGCUGUACAUGGCUUUGCCAACAGAAGACACAGUUGGUUAUCCAGGGGAAUUUGAAAAAACCGCAGAGGGUUCUGCCAUGGAUGAUUCGCAAGACAAUGAACAAGACGCGAAGCCUGAGCUGGAUGAAAACGAAGAUGAAACCACGGAAAUAGAGGAACUUGAUGUAGAUGAGGUCUUCAACCCUCGUUUGCAAUUUCCCGGCGAAGCGGAGCAAGAAGAACUUUGGGACCCCGAACAGCGUCUCGAAAAUGGUCUAUUUGUUGGACGUCGAAUGAUCACCAUUAUCCUGCAGGCAUUUGGAACGUGCUGUGGCCCCAAAGAGGUCCUCGAGGUUUGGUUGCAACUUGAGCGGCUUUGGCAUCCACAGCAGCGCAAAGCGAUUGAUGUUUUUGCUGUCAAGGAAGAGCUUGACAAACAGAUGUCCAGGGAUCCGCAUCGCAGCCGCUGA